GGACGGACAACGUCGGCCGGAAGUCGUUGGAGGGGCGGUUGUGGGAGGGACGCACAGCCUCGGCCGGAAGUCGCUGGAGGGUCGGCUGAGGUGGGGACGACCGACCGAUUGGCCGGCCGGCCCGGUGUCGGAACUUGAAUGAGAUGAUGCAGUGGGAGCUCAGCGAUGCGGAGCUGCUCGCACUGGACCUGGAUUUGUUUUCCACCGACUGUGAAAGGCCUGAACUGUGUGAAGGAGACGGUGGUCACACCUCAAGCAGAUCCACUGAAUCUUGCUGUACUGGCCACGGAACGGCCGAAGUUACUUGUAGUGCAAAUGAGCAAUCCUCCAAUCAACAGAAUGUAUCGGAGCAGGAGAGUGACCCGCUGUGUGAGGGCAGCAGCGCUAAAAGGAGAAAGUGCGAUGGAAGGAUUCCGCUGGAGCGGUUUGGGCGAAAGCACCUGAGUGUGACUGACCUGAGUCGACAGGCUUGGUGCGAGCAGCAAGUGGUUUAUGGGAUGGAACUACCACACAUUCAGCAGCUACGAGAUGAAGUUCCAGUUGUGAAAGCUGGUAGCUGUCUACACCUGGCAAGAGAGUUGGAGGUCCAGGACAUUGUCCCAAUAAAUGUAGAGAGCCGGGAAGAUAACUGGGCUGUAAAGAUGCUUAAUCUUCUCUCAAUGAUCCAGUUCUUGCAAGCAGGAGAACGUGUACGAGAGCUGCCGGUGUUUGGAGAGCUGGAGGGAAUUUUUGUAGUUGGUGUUGUUGAUGAACUGUGCUAUAAUUCCAAAGGUGAACUGGAAUUACGUGAACUGAAAACUCGUGGUCAGCGAACAUAUCCCAGUGCAGCCCAAAAAAAGAGUCACCACUUACAAGUUAGUAUAUACAAACUUCUCUUUGAGGCUAUGAUCAAAGGCCAACUGAACAAGGACACCAUCACUCACCAUCUUCACCUACGGACGGAUCAGCCGUUGGGGUCAGAGAUUCGGGUGCAUGCUCAGAAGGUGGGAUUUACCAUAAACACAUUUGGCGACCUUCUGGAUUUAAUGUUGCUAAAUCUGACCUACACGGAGAUCCCCAGCAUCGACACCAUGAAGAUAGAAUACUGUUACCAGGCAGAUGCCUCUGUGAUCGGAACAGAAGAGGUGUCCUUUGAAGAGGAGUGGGUUAAAAGUGAGCUGAAGCAUUAUAGCUCCUUCUGGAAGGGCCAGAGGGAGGCCAAGGGUGUGGAUAUUGAGGAGGCGUGGAAAUGUCGGUCUUGUGACUUUGCAGACAUUUGUGAGUGGAGACGGAGUAAAGCUGAAGAAGCUACACAAAAGAAUCGAGCAAAUCAAUGCAAAUGACAAUUAUAAUCAACUUGUGGUUUUAACCAGGGACCUUCAAAUUCUUGUGAUGACUGGAAACAUGCUGUAGCCAGCGUUCCAUGCUAGAAUAUAAGUAUAGUGCUAUCUGGGUGACUCUCCAUAAUGCCAGCGAACUCCAGUGUGACUUAACUACCCAGAACACAAAACUUGACAAAUAUGGUAUGAGAAACCUUGCUUGCUGCAGAGGGGAUUUGCAUUAAUGUCUUUCUAUUGCCUCACUGUCCUGGAAAGCAGUUUCCAGCUGCACUGAAUUAAUGUAUGAUGAGAUGCCUCAUUUUACUGUUAACUGCUGUUAACUUUUAUGGCAUUUUGGACCGAUGUGACUGCCAGCAGACAAGGUUUGUCCUCAGCCAGUGGCUCCUGUUGAAAUCUGGUCUUUUGUUUUGAAAUGAAAACAUUGCCCCUUGUAUUUUUGUGAGAGUCUCUUAACGUAAUUAGUUGAUGUGAAAUUAAAAAAAUGCUUAUGUUUGUCCAACGCCUUUCAUAACUACAGGACACGCAAUGUGCUUUACAGCCAACGAAGUGACUGUUGUAAAGUGGGAUAUAAUUUUGUUGUGAUGUAUUUUUUAUACUAACCAGAAUAAGUGGUGAUCCACUACAAAGCUUACCAAAUUUCUCUUUUCAGAGCCCUUUGCUGUCUGGUUAACAGGACCAUGCACUACAGCCUAAGCGGUCUUAAUGAUAGUGUCCAGGCUAUCCCUUGAUAAUCAAGAAACCAUAAUUAUAAGCUGCAAGGAGGGAGUUUGGAGGAAAAGUAAUACUUUUUUAACUUGCCAUUCCACUUUUUAGUCCUUCAUCUUCCCCACCUCCCUUCCCCUCCCUCUGUCAAAAUAACUGACUCCUUGUAAGGGCUUGGUUCUAGAUACCUCAUCAAAGUAGCCAUGAUUCACAUGUGAAUUGUGAUGUUGAAGUAGGGCAUCAUGUGUGCAUUAUCCAACAUCUACAUACUGGGGUCAACAGAUAGCAGCCCUUUCCACCUCAUCCAUAUUUAAUUGUAGCUUCCCUACUGCUCCUCUGGCUGAGGCCAAUCAAUUAACUCAGCACACUCUGGGAAUUGAAUUUGGGAUUUUCCUGAUGUGCCUGGAUAAAUUCAUUGAGCUAUUCUGGAGAAGGCAAGAUGCUUCAGGAGUACCCACUGGUGUCAUUUAAUCUCCCGAUCAAUGCUAGAUCAUCAUGGAGCUCGACUCAGAAGAUUUACAUUGUAUAAUGGUAAGACAAUCCUUUUUAAGCAGUGCUCUAACCACCAAGUGUUGGGACACCAGCAUGUGGUGCCAUACCAUAUCAAUUUUCAUGGUUGAGUUUCCGCUACCAGCUGCCUUAAAGGGGCGGAAAGGUUGAAAAAGUGUUGUCCCUGUGCUGCUGUUGUACAUCUUCUUGAUGUCUUGCAUGACAGAAGACCAGCAAAGAAAGUUCUAGGAGUAGAUCAUCUGCAUGAGCUAUUGCCAGUAUUUAGAAAUAUGAAUAGGAUAAAACUGAGUUGGGGGGUGGGGAACGACUCUUCUACUGAAGCAAGAGUGAUCUAUCUUGAAUGAAAGGUUGAGGCUUUGUAAUUACACUGUGGAACAUUAGCAUCUGAAUGUUUUAUAAUGUGUUUAUACAAAACUCAUUUAUUCAGUAUUCCAAGGUAAUAAUACAACUGUUUAUUUUAAAUGACAGGACAGGAAUUUCCUAGGAAAAUAUUAAGCAGUAUCCCAUAGUGUAAUUCAAGGAUUGACCUACACUUAUUAAUAAACUAGAUAUUACAAUGUUAAAAAAGUUUUCAAAAUGCCUAAAUUGUGUAAGGCUGAAUCUUUGGUAAAAUAAGAGUUUAUGACCCUGGCUGUAAAGCUUUUAAUGCACUACAUACACACACUGAUAAGUUCCUUAUAAUUCUCCAAACAAUCUCUGCUAAUAUUGUAAUGUAUUGUAUUCACUCCUCUAUGGUUUCUGUAGUUUGGAAUAUUUUAAUAUAUUAGUAAUAGUUACUAUUAAUCUGUAACUGUCUUUUUAAUAAUCAAAAAGAAUAAAUACUUUGUGCCCCUUGUACUUUACUUAAAAAAUGGAAUGUUAUUUUUCUUGUCUAUAGUGCUGAUGUAUUCACAAAGGACUUGUUUGUGAAGUUUCCAUUGACUGACCUUACCUUUUAUGUCGCACUUUUAUCCCUUGAUAUAACUGCAGAAUUCUGUGGUUUUAGCAGCAUUAGCAUGGACAAUAUGUUUGUUACAUACAUUAUUUGUUUCACUUUAUCUCCAUGGACAUAAAUGUGACAGGCAAAGUUAUGUAUGCAUUUUGUUUUUGUUUGAGUAAAUGAUUGGAAUAAAGAGAAACUUGCAGUA